UUGGCAAAUGGUGGGUUUAUUUAGAAGAAAAAUUUACAAGCAAGGAAAGGGGUUUUAACAACAAUGAAAAAGAGAAAUUGCCUAAUGUAAAUCACAAUUAACCAGGAGAAAAGAAACAUCCCUUGAGAUUAGCAUAUUCCCUUAGACAACAGGAGAGGAAGUGUGGAGGAUGAGAGGAGAGACACCUUGAAACAUAGUGGAGAGGGGAGACAUCAGGAGGCAGAUCUUUGGCAAAUUUAUAGGGGAAAUUUAACCUUAGGAAUUUUAUUUGACUCAGGAUUUCUGACUGGACAUAGCAAGGUGGGACUACCUACUGUUGGAAUCUUUACAAAUUGUUAAGUCAUUAGAGUUGAUAGAGACAAUAAUUAUCUAAUUUAGCAUGGUUCAGUAUGGUUGAUCUAAUCCUAUAAGAAGAUGUUAUGGACCAGAAGAAACAAGGUACUAAGUAGAACUGAUAGACAAUAAUGCUUGUGUUCACACCUUUAGAGAGCUCAUAUAAGCAAGAAGUAUUUAAGUACUCAUUGGAAUUCACAAGUAUGGGAGAGUCACAAAAUUAACUGUGUAACUUUGUGAAUCCACACCUCCCUUGAAGCUCUUAGGGCCAGAGAGCACUCUGGGAAGAAACCCAUAAUUCCUCUCUCUCACAUCCCAUAAUCCCUCUCUCACAUCCCAUAAUCCCUCUCUCUCUCGAAGGAGCAUAAAUAGAGCUUCAGUGAGCCCAGUCAAGAGAAUUCAACUGAAUUACAUGCACUCUGGGACAGAUGCAGAGCACUCUGGGAGAUUGAGAGCCAGAAGUCCUCUCUCCGAGGCAAGAGAGAUCCAUUCCAUUUUCCACUUGGCUGGCUGGGCUGAAGGACAAACCUUUGGAUUUGGAGACAUUAGGAGGGAGUUCUUGGAACCAAGCAGAGAGAUAGGCCUCAACUAACCGGGCUAUUUUGGAAGGAGGAAAUAAACAUUUGCAUUUUUACCAGCUGGUGGCAUUUUGGGGUAAUUAUUGAUCUGAACUGAUACUAAGGCUGCCUCCAGAAAACCUCCCCGAGAAAUCUGCUCGCUCCCAGAAAGAACCAUCCUUAUACUAUUUUAAAAGAAGAAAAACACCACAACUUACUAGCUCCACAGAGGGUGGGACUAUAAGAUUGAACUGAUCCCCAUCAGCACCCUUCCCCAUUUGCCUCAGAGAGUAAUUUUAUCAGUACUUCAGACUUUCAGACAACAGCUAUUAAUGGUUCGUUUGUUCAACAAUUAAAGUUCUAUGAUCUGAGUUCAGAUGGGAGAAAUCCAGAUCGGUUUCUAUAUGUAAAUUCAGUUCUUCCAGUACGAAAGGACAAGAGAAAUAGGGCCAACAUUUCCAAUGAGCCCUAGAAUCAACAUAUGAAUGCAUCUUAAUAUCCUAAUUCAAUCUUUACCACCCCCAAGAACAGGGCAGUUAAGAUGGCAGAAUUGGUAAUUGUGUAAAGCUUAAGAGGUUCAAAACCUCUUCUUAACAAAUGUUCACCCAAAACCUCCUACUCUACAUCAUCCCUAUUCUCCUAGCAGUAGCCUUCCUUACACUCAUCAAAUGCAAAGUACUUGGCUACAUGCAAUUCUGAAAAGGACGGAACAUUAUAGUGAUGUGGGUUAGAGUGGUCUAGAUUCCUAGUGGUCUAGAGGUUAGUGGCUAUAAGAGAAUUGUUAGGAAUCCCCUUUAAAUUGGCUGCAGGUUUUAGGAGUGAAAGAAUUCACUCAUUCCCGAAUUAUUAGUUGCAAAAUGAAAGUUUAUUAAUAGAUAGAAAUCAGUUUACCAAGAGACUGACUUCUAUAGUGGCAGAUCUAUGGGAAAAUGGAGUUUUGCAUUGAGAAUGCAGUUCUCAGUGGACAGAAAGUUUUGGCAGCUGAGUGAGCUAUGGAGGUCCAUAUGCAAAAGACUUUCGUUGAUAGAAGCUAUUAUAUUGGGUGUCUUGGUAGGGACUAGGAGCAGGUUAGACCCAGUGGGGGCUGGGACUGCCCAAGCAGGUCAGACUCAGUGGGGGCUGGGACAACCCUCAUCUCCUACUGGAAUGAACACUUCAAAGGGGUGCUUUUUGACCAGGACCUCUAAUUGAAUCCCAGGCUCUGGCAUCCUGAAAAGAUAACUUAUCUGGGGAGUAUAUGCCUUCCCCCACGAAUGGUUGAGAUUCUGAAUCACAGAUCAAUAGGAAAUACAGUAUUCAGAAAUACAGUAUCAGUCCUACUGCUUCAGUAGGACCCUCUCAUUAACCUUGAAGCAUUGCCAGAUUAGGGAGUUAAUUGAAAGGAUUAGUAUUGGAGUUGAUGUUUGGCUUUAGUCAGCCAGACCUCAGUUUAAGUUAAAUGACAUUUGUUUUCCUUCUGGAGCAUUCCUCUUAUCUAUGUCAUAUCAAGGGGCUGGCAGAAGAUAUAUUUUUUCCUAGAAAAGCUAUUUACAGAUCAGGCCUUACAGGCAUAAUGGAUAGAAAGUAGAUCAAGUACUAGUUGACAAAUUGGGGCUGAUUUGCAUAGGUAAAGUGAGAUCCCUUCCCGAAGUUGAUACUAAUAAAUCAGUUUCUAUUAAAACACUUUUGAAAACAAUGUUACAAAUCCUAAUGCCUGCCUAAGGUCAUACAACUAGACAGUAACAAGCAGCUUGUAAUUCGGAAAACAGGGUGCUCUUUUAAUUGCAUUACACGGGAUUUUAAAUCCAGCUGUAGGUCUGCCUCAAGCCUAUCCUUCAUUCCAAUAGAUCUAGGAUUCUGUUUCAUUUUCGGUCAUAUAGACUCGAUUUGAUGGAUUGGUGAGACCAAGAGACUUACGGGAUCAUGCUAUUUAAACGCAUCAAUAAACUACGUAGGACUGCAAAUCAAUUCUACUGAAAGUUAUCAAAAUGUUUGUAACCCGUUCCCAGAAGCCAGGCCAAGAAUUCCUGCAGGAGAUAAAGUGUUUUGGCCCGUAGCCCUAGACUUGAUCCCCUAUCCCAACUCCCACAGCCGCCUGCGGCUUCGGGAGGAGGCUGAACCCGAGGCUGGCGAGGCCAAAACCCGGCGUCCUGAGUCUCGGCCUAGGCGCCUCAGUCUUCAUGCAGAAGGGCGUCCUCAUCACUGAGAUUAUAGUAGGUGGGGGAACCUGCGACUGCCAGCCUUCGAGCCAGGAUCCAGGCAAAAGAGGGCGGGACCUUCGGGCUCUAAGCGGCAGGAAAGGCGUAGUCAGAUGCCGAUCGCGCAUGCGCGGCCGGGAGCCGCCGCACUAGAGCUGCACAAUUUCGUCACCGCCCCGUAGCCCGACUGGAGCUCGCGCAGUAGCAAGGAGUCGCCGCCGGAAGUAGCAGCAUGCUGAUCCCAUUCUCUAUGAAGAAUUGCUUCCAGUUACUUUAUAUCCUCAAGAUCCCAACAGCUGGCUUAAAAAAUGCAGCAAAAGGUGGGCUCAUUUUACAAUCAACCUCUAACAAUAUUUACCAAAAUCUGGCUGUGGAAGAUUGGAUCCAUGAUCAUAUGAACUUAGAAAGCAAGCCUAUUCUUUUCCUUUGGAGAAAUUCCCCUACUGUUGUAAUUGGCAGGCAUCAGAAUCCCUGGCAAGAAUGUAAUCUAAAUCUAAUGAGAGAAAAGGGCAUAAAAUUGGCUCGGAGAAGGAGUGGAGGAGGAACAGUAUACCAUGAUAUGGGUAAUAUCAACCUGACUUUCUUCACAACUAAGACAAAGUAUAAUAGAAUGGAAAAUCUGAAACUGAUUAUUAGAGCACUGAAUGCGGUCCAACCACAACUGGAUGUGCAAGCUACUGACAGACUUGACCUCCUCCUAGAAGGACAGUUUAAAAUUUCAGGAACAGCUUCUAAGAUUGGCCGGACUGCUGCUUAUCACCACUGCACAUUACUGUGUAGUACAGAUAGGAUAGCUUUAUCUUCUGUGCUGAAGAGUCCUUACCAUGGGAUUAAGAGUAAUGCUACUCCUAGUGUGCCUUGCUUGGUAAAAAAUCUUUUAGAAAACAACAAUACUUUAACUUGUGAGGUAUUGAUGGAAUCUAUUGCAGCAGAAUUUGCUGCUUAUCAUCAAAUUGAUAGCAACAUUAUUCUAAUAAGUCCAUCAGAUGAGACAAUGUUCCCAGGGAUAAAACAAAAAACAGAAGAACUACAAACUUGGGAAUGGAUAUAUGGCAAAACACCCAAGUUUAGUGUAAAUACUUCUCUUAAUUUGUUAAAUGAACAAUCAUGUUCUGAAAUGAAAAUAUAUAUAGAUAUAAAAAAUGGAAGAAUUGAAGACUGCAAUAUUGAUGCACCUGGUCACUGGUUACCAAAAGAAAUGCUUGACAAACUAAGCACAAGCUUUAUUGGCAAUAAAUUUUGCCACAGUGAAGCCACAAUGCUAUUAAAUGCACUGCUUAGCACAUGUCCAAAAGACCAUGAACUAUAUAGCAAAUGGCAUCUUCUUUGUGAAAAAGUUAAGACAAUAAUGUAAUUCAAGAAAACAAUGAUUACGUUUUGUAAUGAUGACAAUGUUGGAACAGUAAAAUUUAAUAAUAUAUUCCAUUCUAUAUAUAUCUUUUAAAAAUCCAAUUUUUGGAACAGAAAGAGAAGUCAGAAUUAGUAAAAUGCUGAUUUUAAUUUAGUGCUCUUUACUUUGCUUUAGACAGAAGCUUCUUAAGCUGGUGGGUUGUGACCCUACUUGAGAUCUUGAAAAAUUGUCAAUAGUAAAAAGUUUCUGAAUGCUCUACGUCCUACAGUAUCAAAUAUUUGCUCCAAUUUAAUUCUUUAUAUAAAAAAUGAACAAGCACAUCAAUCUUAUUAGUGUUAAAAUUUGCUCUCAAAGAAUUGUUUUAAAAUAAAUUUCUUUAUAAUUUAUCAUCAGUAGAUGAUUUGUAUACCUCUUCUAUAUACCUGGGGUUUUGUAAAAGUUUCCUGGGUGAAAAGGGGUCAUAAACAGAAAAAGUUUUAAAAGCCCUACUUUAAAUUAAACAAGUUACUAUAGGUAACAUUUUUAAACCAAUAAUGAAGCUAGAGAAGAAACAAUGUCAGUCAUAUUAAAUUGCAUGUCAGUAAAACAAAACAGUAUUCAAACCAAUAGAAAUAUAAAAUUAAAUUUACUACUUUACACAUUUUCAUGUACAGGAAUGAUUAUUAUAUAAAAAGUAUUUAAAAUUCAAUAUUCAUUUAAAAUAUACUUUUAAAACAUGAG